AUGAGUGCCUCACGAUGUUGGCACACAGAGACUGUUUUGGAGAAUGGAAAAGUGCUGAUUACUGGUGGACAGGAUGAGACCGUAAACUAUUUAAAUACUGCUGAAUUGUUUGAUCCAUCAGAAAGAAAAUGGAAGAGAAUUCCCAACAUGCGGUAUAAACGCAUCUGGCAUACAGCAACUCUUCUAAAAAAUGGUAAAGUAUUAAUUGUUGGCGGUGAUAAUGAUUCUACUAGUACUACUAAUGGCUGCGAAAUAUACGAUCCGGUGAAAAAUAGUUGGUCAGUGACUGGCAGCAUGAAUCAUACACGCAGCCAGCAUACUGCAGUAUUAUUAAACAACGGGAAAGUAUUAGUUAUUGGUGGAUCUCCUGUUACUGAUAAUUUCAAUAAUUGUGAGUUGUAUGACCCCCUGACAGAAAAAUGGACAUUGAGUGCUAGCAUGAAUUAUCCUCGCAUAUAUCAGGCUUCAGUUGUAUUGAAAAAUGGAAAGGUUUUGGUUGCCGGUGGAUGGCAUCCUGGCUAUAGUGACCAUAAAACUACUGAAUUGUAUGAUCCAUCAACCAAAAUUUGGACACUGACUGGAAACAUGACACAGGAACGAGACGAAUCUACUAUAUCCCUGCUAGAAGAUGGCAAAGUACUUGUUGCGGGCGCAGACAAGGGCUCGAUUCAUAGUUCAAGUAGUGCUGAAGUGUACGAUCCAUUGACAGGUAAUUGGACAGCUGUUGACGACAUGAAUUAUUCCCGAGCAGGCCAUACGCAAAAUACGCUUAAGAACGGCAAAGUACUAGUUACCGGCGGAUAUGGUAAUGGUUAUGACUUCUACAGUAGUGCGGAAGUGUAUACACCACAGAAAACACAUUAA